AUGAAUAAUAACAAGCCGAAUAAACCAUUUACUUUUGGUUUCUCACAGAGUUCGUCCAAUAAAAGCACAAAAUCAGUAUUUGAUACUGGCGAUUCUCCCCGUCAUAAGCCUCCGCCAUUAGAUCAAUCUUCAGAAGAUGAAAUGCAGCCCAAGAAACGAAAGCUCGUUAAAUUGGACGACGACGAGCCAUUAGAAAGUAGCAAAACGGAAAGCAGGUCGACUGCAGAAGAGCAGGAAUACAAGGAACACGAGUUUGUUGGCGAUCUUGAAGACGAUAGGCCAGCGCAGCCGACUACUUCGACAGGUAUAAGGGGGUUUGUACCGCAGGGAUAUAGUGCCAAUAGGGGGUUAGAAAAGUCUGUCACUACAAAAUUGACAACUCCCCAACCGAAAGCACCAGAGAAUGAGGACGAAGAAGAGGAUGAUCCAUUGGAUGCAUUUAUGCUCGAUAUAGAUAAUCAAGUAAAGAAGGAGAGUAUGGAAGAUUCUCAAAAGGAAAAGAUACGUAGGGACGAUAUUGAAGACGAAGAUUAUGUAGAGAGCUAUCUCAAACACAUGAGAAAAAGAGGCAUAGAAAUUGGCAGAAGUCAAAGACAGACAAUAGAAAGAGAUGAGAACGUCGACUCGGAUGAAGAGGUUUAUGCAACUGCCCGAGCGAUUGAUGCACAAUUAGAGUAUGUAUUGAAGGAUGAGGCUUGUUGUUAUAUAAUGCAAACACUUUCCUCAUCGUCAAUAAUCAUCUUUAGAUAUGAUUCAGAUGAUAAUCCUAUCGUAGAACAGAAACGCAAGGAUAUUGAACCUCUCCCCGCCGUCGAUCAUUCGCGGAUCGAGUAUCCUGAGAUUGAGAAAGAUUUCUACGAAGAGCAUCCUGAAAUUGCGGCAAUGUCGGAAGAGAAAUUAAGGCAGAUUAGAAAGGAUUUAGACAUGCACGUCUCUGGUGUUGAUGUUGCCAAGCCAUGCAUCGCAUUUGCACAUUUUGGUUUUGACGAAGCAUUAGUGGAUAAUAUUGUCAAACACGGUUACAGCGAACCUACGGCUAUUCAGAAACAGGCAGUGCCGGUUGCUCUCUCGGGAAGAGACAUUAUUGGAAUAGCCAAAACAGGUUCUGGUAAAACGGCUGCAUUCAUAUGGCCAAUGUUGAUUCACAUCAUGGAUCAACCCGAGCUUCAAACCGGUGAAGGCCCGAUAGGCUUAAUUUUGGCACCCACUAGGGAACUGGCCGGUCAAAUCUACACCGAGGCCAAGAAAUUUGCCAAAUGCUAUGGUCUGAGAGUUGCAGCCGUGUAUGGCGGUGCUUCAAAGAUGGACCAAUUCAAGGAGCUUCGGCCAGGUGGAAUUGAGAUUCUUGUCGGUACGCCGGGACGACUGAUUGAUAUGGUCAAAAUGAAAGCAACUAACUUUCGUAGAGUUAGUUUCUUAGUACUUGAUGAAGCCGAUCGAAUGUUUGAUCUUGGAUUUGAACCGCAAGUGCGUUCUAUUUGUGACAAUAUUCGACCAGAUCGACAGACACUACUAUUCAGCGCGACAUUUCCGAAGAAAGUAGAAAGACUCGCGCGUGAAGUUACCACAGCACCAGUGCGGAUAAGCAUUGGUAACGUUGGGCAGGCGAAUACGGAUAUUACUCAAGUAAUAGAAAUAGUACCUGAUGACGGAUAUAAAUGGGGAUGGCUUAUGGCUCACCUGGUUUCGUUGUGUCUCGAGGGAAGUGUUCUUAUUUUCGUUAGCCGUAAGGGUGGUGUCGACGAACUAUCGAUGAAUAUCAGAGAGAAUGGAUAUAAAUGUGGUGCUUUACAUGGUGACAUGCUUCAAUAUGAACGAGACAAAGUACUAAGGGAAUACAAAAACAACGAGUUUCCCAUAUUAGUAGCAACAGACGUUGCAGCGAGGGGGCUCGAUAUUAAAUCCGUCAAGACAGUGGUUAACUAUGACAUAGCACGGGAUAUUGAUUCGCACGUACAUCGUAUUGGGAGAACAGGAAGGGCAGGCGAAAAGGGAACCGCGUAUACUCUGAUAACACAAAAGGAGGACAGCUUUGCUGCUCAACUAGUUAGGAAUUUAGAAACAUCUGGGCAGGCGGUUCCUGAUAAACUAAUGGAACUGGCGAUGAAGAAUUCAAAGUUCAGGAAAUCUCGACAGAUGAUUCGUGGGGGCGGCCGUGGUCGAGGAAACAGAGGCAAAGGCAAACGUGGGAGAGACUUUGGAGUUCGUGGAGGGAUAGGCGCAACUGGUGCAAACGCCAUCCCACGGGGUAACACUACUCGACAGUCAAUGCAAACACCUCCGCCACCGCCUUCACAAAGCAGUGAGAGUAGUUAUUCUAGUCAUAGCAAUGUUGCAAGCACUCAAUCGCGGUAUCAGAUAAGUUUUCAAAAAGCCACAGCCGCCGAGCCUGCACUGGGAAGUUUGCAUACUGGCAGUCAGAGUGGGCAAAGUGGACAGAAUGCAGGGUCUAGUUCUACAGUCAAGAAGAGACGGUGGGAUUCGUGA